UACAAGUUUGAAUGUGAGUUAAUUAUUUUUAACCAUGCUCUGGACAGCAGCACAUUAUUGAGUUUCGGAUACUGACCUUCAAGGUCAGUUUUAAUUCGUGCACCUUAUAAAAAAGAUAUGAGACAAUACGAGCUUUUACAUUAUGAUGUUUGUCAUAACAUAUACCAACACAAAUGGGAUAGAAUGCAUUGAGAAUUGUUGUUCAAAGUUUUUCAAAUGAUUCCAUCUUGGCUUCCAGUUGUAAGAGCCUCUGCUAUUGGCUGGACUCCACUGCUUCAAAGUAAAUUACCUAACGAGCCUUUGAUCACAAACAAAAAGUAUAUAAAGGAUCAAAAAAUAGUAAUUAACGUAAGUGGACGAAGAUUUGAGACUCGCAAGUCUACGCUGGAAAAAUUUCCUGACACAUUGCUUGGGUCUGAUGAGAAAGACUAUUUUCAAGAUCCGGUUUCAAAAGAAUACUUUUUUGAUAGAGAUCCAGAACUUUUUCGUUAUAUCAUGGAAUAUUAUCGAUCAGAAAGACUCCAUCUACCCAAGGAUUAUUGUGUGACUGCCUAUCAUGAAGAAUUAUUAUAUUUUGGUAUCAUGCCAGAAAUCAUGGGGGAUUGCUGCUAUGAAGAAUACCUUGACAAAUACAGGGAAAAUAAGGAAAGGCAGCAGGAAGAGAAGGAGGAUGCAUCGGAAGAAGAGCAACUAUCAACAAAUUUUAGAGACAGGUUGUGGCGUGCAUUUGAAAAUCCACAGGCUUCAACAUUGGCAGUUGUACUUUAUUAUGUGACGGGAUUCUUUAUUGCUGUUUCGGUACUUGCUAAUAUAACAGAGACUGUUUCCUGUGGCAUCAGUGUUGAAACUGGGGAAAAUAUUCCUUGUGGAGAGAAGUACAACGCUGCAUUCUUUUGUUUGGAUACUGCUUGUGUACUUUUAUUCACAAUUGAGUAUUUAGCAAGGCUAUAUGCAGCUCCUGCAAAAUGCAAAUUUAUUAGAUCUGUUAUGUCAAUCAUCGACAUAGCUGCAGUUUUCCCAUAUUAUGUCGGACUUUUUAUGUCUAAUAAUAAGGAAUUUUCAGGUGCUUUUACCACUUUGCGUGUGUUUCGAGUUUGUCGUAUUUUCAAAUUUUCGAGACACAGUAAAGGAUUGAGGAUAUUAGGUUGCACGUUGCGUUGCUGUGCCUCCGAAUUAGGAUUCCUACUGUUUACGAUAACAAUGGGUGUCAUUAUUUUUUCGACGAUAAUAUUUUAUGCCGAAAAGUCGGAAAUAUCACAAUUUAGUAGUAUUCCUGCAGCAUUUUGGUAUACGAUUGUGACAAUGACUACUUUGGGAUAUGGAGAUAUUGUACCAACUACAAUUAUUGGAAAAAUAGUUGGCGGUAUUUGUUCACUUUCUGGUGUACUUGUUAUCGCUUUACCAGUCCCUGUGAUUGUUUCACAUUUUGCCAGGAUAUAUCAACAAAAUCAACGAACUGAUAAACGGGAAGCUCAAAAAAAGGCGAGGUUAUCUCGUUUAACAGAAAUGAAAGCUGUUGCAGAAAAUGCAUUCUCUGAAGGUAGAAAACGAUAUAGAAAUAGGAAAUUAUUAGAACAUGUGGAUGUGAUAAUAAAUAAAGACGAUACACAAGAAGUAAACGAUAUUGUACAAAAUGAUGAAAUGAAUAAUAUUCAACUUGUUGAGUUGAGAAAGUAUAAAACUGAUGAAGCACAACAAGAAAAAGAUGUAGAAAUAUUCUGUAGGCAAGAAGAAGAACACACAAAGAAAAUGGACCAAAUAGAAGGAGAAAGAAAUGUUCCAAUUGAAGAGGAUAAUGAAGAGCUUCACGAUUUAUUUGAACAACAAUACUAUCAUUUAAUUGAUUGUUUACAACAAACAACUGGUCUAGAAGUUGCUGAAUUUAAUAAAUUGUCAUCAAGUGGAAAUAAAAAUCGAACAACAAAUAUGAAAUUGAACACUAGUGGAAAAAAUGUACAAAGGCCUAAAUCUUUUAACAGUACAAGUAGUUCAGGUGAAUUGCAAAGUCAACCAAUAAACAUGGUACCAGUGCGACGGAAAUCGAAGCUGUCAAGUUUACGUCGAUUUUCAACAUGUUGUCAUCGGAGAAGAUGUUAUAUGAACAAAAAUCAAACCAAACUAUCAUUGUCAUCUACUGUUGAACAAACUCAUUCCUCUAAUCCACAUCCUGAUCAUAAUUCAUCGAAACACCUUUUGGUAUCAAUCAACAAAACCCACAAUGAAGAAACAAUAUACUUAUAAAUAAUGAUAAUUUGUUGGAUUAUUACUUUCAUGUAGGAAAUAAACAACAGUCAACAGUUUCACGAAUCAAUUAAAGUUCAAAUAAAAGACAACACAGAGAAAACUGUUCCCAGUAGUAGUAUUAGUAGUACACAAUGUUCAAUAGACAUUUUCAAAGCCUCCCCUUCAUCUGAAAGAUGAUAGCUCAAAUUAUUGCAGUUCUGUAUUGGGUUCCAAUUUUAAUCUGUUUACCAAAUCAACAUAUAACAAUGGUGAUGACAGUGAUUUAGGAUGUGUUGGUCAACAGAAAAUGUAUUCAUUUCCCUUCUGUAUAGCAUUAUAUAUAUAUAAAUUGUUUUUUUAAUUAUUCUCUAAUUUAAUACAUGGACCACUAUUUAGUUUAUUUUUUAACAAAUUCAUCUACCUACAUACCUACUUACUUACUUACUUGAUUUAACAUGGAUCAUUUGAUGGUGUACAAGUUUAACUAGACAACAUCAUUCAAUCAUUAUCUUUAUGUAUAUUGACCAUUUCGUCUCAGUUAACCAGUAUCUAUCAAUUCUAGUCAUUUACACUCUUCUUUUUUAGUCAAGUUGGAGAUGAAAAUGCAGAUAUCAUAUCUAUAUAUGUAUUCUUUACUCUUUCUUCAUAUUGUUUUUAUUUUCUUCAAUUUCAUUUUUUAUUAUCAACAUUUAAUUUUUGAUAGUUUAUUGAUAAAUUUAAAAACAAAAAAAUGCGCUCAUUGCGUUACAUUGAAAUUUGGUUCAACUUGUGGAUCAACAAUUAUUAGUUUUCUACAGACUAUCAAAUAUCUAAUUACUUAUAUACACAUAUAUAUCUUCUUUUCUAACAAGAUUUUUCUACUUAUGCAACAAUAAAUACAAAAAUAUAAGUUGUAUGUUUA